AUUCCUCCGUUGUUCUCUAGCUACUGGCGUUACAACAACUAGACAGCGAGACCAGGAGAGAGAGCUCAGCAGAGCAAACGAGAGCAGAGAGAGGCAUCAGAGAUCAUCAGAUCGGAUCCAUGGAGCUCGAGGCUGCUGCCGCGCCGGCGACGUGCAGCAGGAGGGGCGGGCGGAAGCUGGUGAGGUGCCCGCGGCUGCAUCUGGACACCAAGACGGUCACGGCCAUCGAGCAGUCCACGGGGGAGAGCGUCGCCGACGCGGUGGCCGUGACCGCCGCCGAGGGCGGCGCAGGCGCGAUGCGCGUCAAGAUCGUGCUCAGCAAGCAGCAGCUGAAGCAGGUGGCAGCGGCCGUCGCCGCGGGGGGCGGCGGCGCCUUCGCCGCGCUGCCGCCGGCGCUGGAGCAGCUCGUCAGCGUGCUGAAGCGCCAGCACGCCAAGAAGCAGCAGGCCGCGGCUGCGGCCGGAAGGCGCCGGGGCCGGUGGUCGCCGGCGCUGCAGAGCAUCCCGGAGGAAUGCUUUUAGCUAGGCGUGCGUAUGUGUGUGCAGUAGUCUGCAUUUCUUGUAUAGCCAUCUUUCGCCAAAUUUUCGGGCUCUUCUUCCUGGGUCGCAACCUGCCGAUUGAUUGGGCCAAAAUGAGCGCCCGAUCGAUGGGUUGCAUCCCAAAUUUGAAAUGUCACGUAUUUUAAUCUGGCAUUUGCCAUUUGGAUCCAUCCAUCGAUCCAAAAAAGUUUUCCUCUCUGUGUUCCGAGAUCAUCAUGUACAUAUUUUGAUUCGAUCAAUAAAUAAAAGGACAAUGAACUGGGAAAAGAACCA